AGUUUAGUUCUUUUAUACGUGUGCCACGUAUCUCAUGAAGAAUUGCCUAAAAGAAUGCUUACAAGGGCAAAACUUAAUGUAAAUAAACAAACGUGAAGAAGGAAAUAGUUUAUUGCAAAAGAGACAUUUAAUAUAAUACAUUUUUCAAACAAAUACGUCGAUUAUUCAAAGAAAAAAAAUGGCAACGUCUAUGGAUAGUUUGGUUGAAAACGGUCAAGAGAUGUCAAAUGCUCAUUCUGAUUCUUUAGACUCUUUCACAAAGAUCGAGGAACAGAUAAAAAUUGAAGACGAUGAGGAAAAGUCUUCUUUACUUGGAAAUGAAGGUGGUUCGAAACAAGAUAAAGAAGUCUUUCUUUUACAUAAGAAUGAAGAUAAGAAAGCUAUGAGUAGUGAAAGUUCUGUUGACGACUGGGAUAGUGUGAAGAAAAACGGUAUGGACGAACCAAAGAGAAAAACUCAUACAGAAACACCAGCUUAUCAGCAACAACAGCAGCCAUCACCCAUAAGAGAAAACAAAGGUUCACUCUUACGCCGACAGAUGGCGCAACAUAAAUCAUCAACAAUGACCUUAAGCGGGGACGAUUAUAUGACUCCAAGUCAAAGGAAGGAUGAAUUGAUAAAAGAGUUAAGAUUACAAUUGAAAUUAUCUCAAAAGAGGGCCGAGGAAAGGGAAGAAGAAAUCUUAACAAGUGACAGAAAAAGAGCCGAAUCUAUAGCGGAAGUGGAAGACGUUCUCGGAAGAGAAAUUGAAACCAUAAAAGUUUCUCAUACACAAUUGCAAGAAAAGUACGAUCAAUUACUAACUGUCUAUGAAGAAACUCUUCGGAAAAAAAAAGACAUCGAAAAGUUGGUAAAAGAAAUGAGAAUUGCUCAGGAGGAAAAUGAAAAAUUGCACCAAAAAUUAUACUAUGAAAUGUACCGCAAAGGUCAAAUGUCAGUGGAAUUUGAGAGACAAGUAGAACUAGAGCAGUUGGCUCAAAAGGAACCGAAUAAGGUUUCUGUGGACGAAUUAUUGGACAAACUAAAAUUAACUGAAAGUGAAUUAACGAAAUGGCAGUGCUACAAACGAACCGAAUCAUAUGCUGAAGGAGAAAAGCCGGAUACGGAAGCAGAAGCUCGACUUCGCUUCUUACGGGAUUCAAUGUAUCAUUUUUUAACCGACAAUGAUCGUAAAGACUCAGAACAACAUCUUAAAGCUGUAGUUGGUAUUCUGUCGUAUACCGAUGUUCAAAUGAAAAGAAUAACUAAAGCCAUAAGCGAUCGAAAGAAGGGAAAAUGAGAGAACACUUUUUAACGAAAAUUGCGAAUUUAUUACCUAAAUUUUAUUUCAUUUCUCCUUAUAUUUUUUUAAUUUUCUUAACACUUUCUUAUCCAUCUUACUACUCUAUUUCCUGUUUCCCCUCUCUCCAUCUUUGAAUUGCAACAAAGAGAAUCUUUAUUAAUUAAGAAAGUCUUUUCAUUCAAUCUAUUCGUAUAU